AUGACGGGUGUCAAUCAUACAAAUCAAUUGGAAUCCUACUUUCAAAGGGGAAAUCACACAUUAAAAGUGCCUAUGUCCCUAUUUCAAAAUAAUCGAAGAAGAUUAGUUGAGCGUAUUACAUCAAAAACAAAAACUCCAAUUGUGGGUAGUUUCAUUGUUCUUCAAGGUGGAGUUGAAAUUCCAUUUAAUGAUACAGAUAUAAAUUGGCCAUUUAGGCAGGAAUCAUUUUUUCAAUGGAGUUUUGGCAUUGAAGAACCAGGGUGUUAUGGUGCUAUUAGUUUAACAGGAACUUCUAUUUUGUUUGUACCACGAUUGCCCGCAGAAUACGCUGUUUGGGAGGGAAAGUUGCAUACUUUGGAGGAUUUUAAGAAACGCUAUGCUGUCGAUGAAACCUAUUAUACCGAUGAAAUAGCUGAAGUAUUAAAGAAAAAGGAGGCAUCCCUCCUCCUUUUACUAAAUGGUCGAAAUAGUGACAGUGGUUUAGAAACUCAAGAAGUGGAUUUUAAUGGGAUUAAGCAAUUCAGAGUGGAUAAAACAGUACUGUAUCCUGAAAUAUGUGAAUGCAGAGUCAUAAAAACGCCGCAAGAGAUAGAGGUGUUGGAGUACGUGGUUAAGAUAAGCUCCGACGCUCAUAAAGCCAUCAUGCGGACAGUGAAGCCAGGACUGGCAGAAUUUCAGGCGGAAGCAGCUUUCAUGCACUACGUGUACUCUAAAGGAGGCUGCAGACACGUGUCUUACACUUGCAUCUGUGGCUCCGGGCAUAAUGCGUCCAUAUUACAUUAUGGCCACGCGGGCGCCCCUAACAAUAGAGUUAUAAAGGAUGGGGAUAUGUGUCUAUUCGACAUGGGUGGAAACUACUAUGGAUACGCGGCAGACAUUACGUGUAGUUUCCCGGCGAACGGGAAGUUCACGGAGGAUCAGAAAAUGGUGUACAACGCGGUGCUCGCCGCUCGGAACGCGGUGAUGAACGCCGCGAAGCCUGACGUCGUGUGGACAGACAUGCAUCUGUUGGCGAACAAAACGAUGCUGGCUUCGCUGAAGGACGGGGGCUUGCUAACAGGCGACGUGGAUGAUAUGAUUAAGGCGGGAUUGAACGAAGUCUUUCAGCCUCAUGGCCUCGGUCAUCUGAUGGGAUUGGACGUUCACGAUGUCGGUGGAUAUCUUCCAGGGUAUCCGGAACGCUCCUCCGCUCCUGGCUUGAGGAAACUAAGGACCGCGCGCGCUUUAGCAGCCGGUAUGGUACUGACGAUCGAGCCGGGUUGCUAUUUUAUCGACUGUUUGUUAGACGCUGCUCUGAACAAUCCUGAUCAAUCGAAAUUCAUCGUCGCUGAGAAGCUCAAGAGAUUCCGUGGAUGGGGCGGUGUUAGAAUCGAGGACGAUGUUCUCGUAACGGAAACUGGAGUGAGAAAUUUGACCGAUGUGCCGCGCACCGUCGAAGAAAUAGAAGCCUGGAUGGCCGGCGAAAAAAAAUAAUUCGAAUCCGAGGCUCGUGGGGAACUCGGAGAUACUACUCGAUAACGAAAAAGGAACGGUACGUCAAUAAUGUAUGCCGUCGGCGUUUAACUAAGAACUCGUAGCAAAGACCGAUUAUUUCCAUAUUCCGUUUUCGUGACAUAAGAACAGUUACGAUACACUAGAUAUAACGUCAUAAAUGAUUUUUUUACAUGGAUUUCUUAUAGCGCGUAAAAUGCAAUAUAUCGAACA